AUGCUCUUAUAAUGUGUAUUUUACUGAAUUCAAGCAAACUUGUUCGAUACUCAUAACUAUUUUUCGUCCAAAAAAAUCCAGAAAAUCAUCCCGUGAAAAAUGUCGUCGCCCGAAGAUAAUCGAUUAUUAACAGCAAAGGAUCGUUUGUGUGAAUGUUUGGGUGAUUCAUCUACAAAAAUUUACUUAUCCUAUUUGAAACUCUGGUUUCGUAAAGUUUGGACGAAAGAACAAUUUGAUAUGGAGUGUCGAAAAUUAUUCACAAUGGAACAACGGCACUUGCACAAUGAAUUUUUCUUGGCAAUUUUGAAUAAGAUCACAUUGCCAAUGCAAAGCGAUUCAUCGCCCAAAAGUGUUGCCGGAAGGAAACGAAAACGUCGAACAGGAAGUGAGCGGUCAGUGUUCGAACCGGUUGAUUUAUAUGAUUAUUUGCCAGAAGAAAGUGAAGAGGCACGACCACCAACUAACACACCAUUGCAUCAACCACGAUUUGCUGUGGAAGAGCUGUUUUUACCAGAUACCAGUUUGAUUUUGGGCCGACUUUUGGUUGUGGCAUGGGAAAAUGGUCUGACAACUGCUGAUGAUGACAUUUCCGAAAUGCUCGUGCUCGGUGUACAGAAAUUACUGAAGAACCUUCUGACGGCAGUGAUAAUAGCGCGCAAAGACUAUCGUACAACAGGUUCUGGUGGAUUUUUCUAUGAUGUUGGUUGUGAAUACAAAAAUCCAUACACACAAAACACAGCAACGCGACAAACUAUCGACGAUUUUCCAUUUGAGGUCGAUAGAGAGGUGUCGUCAACCAGUCUUAUGCAUCGCAUGAACGACGAUUCAUUCUAUUUAUCGGCGUGUGAAACAAAUCAUCAAACACCCGUCAAUGGCCGUAUCACCAUGAAACAUCUGCAUAUUGCAUUACAAGACAAAAAUUUAAUACCAGUUCAUUCGGUUUAUGCCAAUAACAUGGAACGUAUUACACAAUUAUUGGGUUAGAACACACAGAUGCUGUUAGGGUUUUGAUAAUGAUAGAUCCAUCUAGUGGGGAGACACGGGCUCUAAUAUUGCUCAUUUUUCCUAUUUUUUUAGUAAAUCGCAUAUAAUGUGUACAUUUGAUAGGAUACAAUAAGCCCAAAUUUUUCUUAUGGUCAGUUUUUUAAUAUUUUAAUUUGUGUCUACCCCCUAGAGAUCCAUUCGUUUUUAAAUAAAUUAAAUAAGCUUUUAAAUAAAAGAGAAUCAGAAGAAUA